AUGCGAGAAGCUCUCGCCUCUCUCCUCGUUUGCUUCGCUGCCGCCCUAUGCAACUUGGCUAGGGUUCCAAAGACGGUAGCAAAAUCCGUUGUGAGGAGAGUCAAAAUCGAAGCCGUGUUCUCAUCUAGUUUCAGGGAAGAGGAGAUAGAAGAGGUAUCUGUAGUCAGGUCUCCUAUUUGGGGAGGAUCAGUUAAAAGUCGAAGGGAUAGAGAAAUUGAUUAUUUCUCGAGAUAUAUCCAGAUUCGUAAAUCGUGGAAGAUAAACCCGAAUCGAGAAUCCGUCCAGAGUACGAUUCUCCGAUUAGCUCCAGAAUGGAGCUAUAUAGUCUCUUAG